GGCCCCGGCGGGGUGGGGGUCGCGCGGCGCCAUGUGGAGCGGCCGCAGCUCGUUCACCAGCCUGGUGGUGGGCGUGUUCGUGGUGUACGUGGUGCACACCUGCUGGGUCAUGUACGGCAUCGUGUACACGCGCCCGUGCGCCGGCCACGCCAACUGCAUCCAGCCCUACCUGGCGCGGAGGCCCAAGCUGCAGCUGAGUGUUUACACCACCACGCGGUCCAGCCUUGGUGCAGAGAACAACGUGGACCUGGUCUUGAAUGUGGAGGACUUUGAUGUGGAGACAAAAUUUGAAAGGACAGUUAACGUCUCUGUACCAAAGAAAACCAGAAACAACGGGACGCUGUACGCGUUCAUUUUCCUGCAUCAUGCUGGGCUCCUGCCCUGGCACGACGGGAAGCAGGUCCACCUGGUCAGCCCUCUGACCACCUACAUGGUCCCCAAGCCCGAGGAGGUGAACCUGCUCACUGGGGAGGCGGCGGCACAGGAGCAGAUCGAAGCCGAGAAGAAGCCGUCCAACGCGCUGGAUGAGCCCGUGUCUCACUGGAGACCUCGGCUGACCCUGAAUGUGAUGGUGGAUGACUUUGUCUUUGACGGGUCCUCCCUGCCUGCAGAUGUGCAUCGGUACAUGAAGAUGAUUCAGCUUGGGAAGACGGUGCACUACCUCCCCAUCCUGUUCAUUGACCAGCUGAGCAACCGCGUGAAGGACCUGAUGGUCAUCAACCGCUCCACCGCCGAGCUGCCGCUCACCGUGUCCUACGACAAGAUCUCGCUGGGGCGGCUGCGCUUUUGGAUUCACAUGCAGGACGCCGUGUACUCGCUGCAGCAGUUUGGGUUCUCAGAGAAGGACGCGGACGAAGUGAAGGGGAUUUUUGUAGACACCAACUUGUAUCUCUUAGCCUUGACCUUCUUUGUAGCAGCAUUCCACCUUCUUUUUGAUUUCCUGGCAUUUAAAAAUGACAUCAGUUUCUGGAAGAAAAAGAAGAGCAUGAUCGGAAUGUCCACCAAAGCAGUGCUCUGGCGCUGCGUCAGCGCUGUGAUCAUCUUCCUCUUCCUGCUGGACGAGCAGACGAGCCUCCUGGUGUUGAUCCCGGCUGGCAUCGGGGCCGCCAUUGAGCUCUGGAAAGUGAAGAAGGCGUUGAAAAUGACGGUGGCCUGGCGGGGCCUGCGGCCUGUGUGCCAGUUUGGCACCUCGAGUGAAUCUGAGAGGAAGACUGAGAAAUACGAUACCCAGGCCAUGAAGUACCUGUCGUACGUGCUCUACCCUCUCUGUGUCGGGGGCGCCGUCUACUCGCUGCUGAACAGCAAGUACAAGAGUUGGUACUCGUGGCUCAUCAACAGCUUUGUGAAUGGCGUCUACGCCUUUGGCUUCCUGUUCAUGCUGCCCCAGCUCUUCGUCAACUACAAGAUGAAGUCGGUGGCACAUCUGCCCUGGAAGGCCUUCACCUAUAAGGCUUUCAACACCUUCAUCGACGACGUGUUUGCCUUCAUCAUCACCAUGCCCACAUCCCACCGGCUGGCCUGCUUCAGGGACGAUGUGGUGUUCCUGGUCUACCUGUACCAGCGGUGGCUUUACCCUGUGGACAGGAGCAGGGUGAACGAGUACGGCGAGUGUUACGAGGAGCAGCCCCAGCUGAAGCCCCACGCCGACUGAGUGCCCAGGCCCCGCCCGGCGCCCGCCGGCAGCGCGGCACUCGCUCAGGGACGCCGAGUAUUCCUGGAGCACGGCCCCCUAGACACCACGUCAGCGUUGCCAAAUCCCUGAGGGCGGGUCUCAGCGUCCUCGGAGCCCCUUCUUGUGUUCGAAAGGAGCACACGGCCCUCGAUGCCGCCACCCCACACGGACAUAUGCAGUGGGUCUCGCUGCCAGCACCAGGCACGAGUGCCCAUCCAAGUGAGACUGCCCAGCAGUGCUCCGUAGGCCCAGUGGACACGAGAAUGCCAGGCUGCCCCUGCGCGUUGGUUUUUCAGUGCUCCUUAAGUGAAUUUCAAUGCGUAUGGAGACCCGCUCCAUAUGGACUCUGGGAUCACAUGGCUCUUUGUCCCUUUUGUUUAAAAUUUCAUUGUUUUAAGCUUAAUGUAUGUAUGUUUCUAUUUUAAAAUAAAUUUCUCUGGCUGUGA